GCCUAAACCCGCGAUCCACCACAAAACCUCUAAACAGCCUCAUCUUCACUUUCCUAGAAUACCUCGCUUAAUCAGAAUCUGCCUCGGAAUUGGGAGGAUAUUUCAAACAUAAAGCAGUCAGCCAGCCAACCAACCAGCCAGUCAACAAACAUUCAUUGCAUUGUUUAUUCCUGAUCGAAAUGUCGCCUUCUAUACCACCACCUCAAUCUCAAUCUCAAUCUCAAUCUCAACCAACAAUCAUCCCAUCAAUUCCGAUUCCAGAACCAAGAUUCCUCACCCUACCGCAUAAACCGGAUUCUCCUAUUUCGUAUACGUUUAUCCCUUCUUCUUCUUCUUCUUCUUCUUCUUCUUUCUCUUCAUCAAAUAAAGAGGAGAGUAAGAAUAAGAAUACAAAUACAGACAAUAAAAAUCUGAUACUCUUCCUGAACGGUCUUGGUCUCCCGGCUGAGUCGUGGAUCCCGAGUAUAAAGAUUUUACUGAGUAAGAGGGGAUUUGGGGCUGGUGAAGGGGGAGAGAAAGGGAUAGAGAAAGGGAAAGAGGAUGGAUACUCAGCGAUACUAACAUACGACCGCUUCGGACAGGGCCCCACCACGUCCCGGGAUCCUCUUGAUGGCACCGUAGGACGGGAGAGAGGCCAUACGUUGGAGGAUGUUGUGAGGGAUUUGGAGGAGGUUCUUAGGGUCGUUGUUGCUACGCAUAUAUCCAUCUCUCAACCUUCACAAGAGCAAGAAGCAAAUAAAGAAGACGGUAUAAACCUCCUGAUAGUAGGAGCCUCAAUAGGCGUGCCCCUCCUCCGUCUCUACGCUUCCUCCCCCACCCGCCCAUUCCCUCUAUCCGGCGCCCUCCUCCUCGACUCCAACAUCGCAAACACACCUUACUCUUCUAUCCUCCCCGCCCCGGACUCCCCCGCUUUCACUGCAAAUCCUGAGAAGUAUCUUGGUGGCGAGUGUAGCGAACCAGAGUGUACGAUUGAGGAGUACACAGCCUCACGAGGGAUCUUUGUAAGGAUGUUUGAUUUCGAUGUCCCGAACAAGGAGGGCCUGGAUCGGAGGAGUAGUCCGGAUUUGUUGCCUAGUAGUACGGGGCCGAGGUUGGAUGGUGGGGGAGGGAAUGGGGUGGAGAUGACGGUUGUUGGACAUGAUUCUGGGAGUUUUAUUGAGGGGAGUUGGGAGAGGGUUGGUGUGCAUAGGAGGGUUGGGUUUUUGGUUGAUCGGUAUAUAUAUCUCCUUUUUAUUCCCUUCCCCUCCUUUUACUUACCUUCGUCCGCUUCUUUCCCCUCAUUGCAGAAAGAAGAUAUUGUUUCCUCCAUGUUUUUGUUUGGGAUUUAUACUGAGAGUAUCCUGAUACAUAGGUUCUGGAAACAAUACAACCAAGACCUCACACAACUCACCACUCCAGAGAAAUGUAGGGGUCCUAUCAUCGCGAAGGGAUGUGGGCAUUUUAUUCAAGAGGAUGAUCCGGGGUUUGUGGCGGAGGAGGUUUUGGGGUUGAUGGGACGGUUGGGGUGGUUGGGGUGGUGA